CACACACACACACACACAAACUCACCGCUGCAGAUAUGAUGCAUGUUGCUUUCCUCCUCCUGAUCGUCUUCACAGACGGUGCGUCCUCUAAGAAAGUGUGCAGUUACCAGGACGUGGUGGACUACCUGAACCUGACCACAGAUAACGGUGCGUUUAAACUGACCCGACCCGUUCUGGAUUACAAACACUCCACUAUGGUGGAGCUGGACAUCAUCCUGUAUGCCAUCCUGGCUGUGAUUGAGAAAACACAAACUUUUGUUCCUUUCAUCUGGGUAACAAUGAUGUGGAACAAUGAACGCAUCUCAUGGGACCCGGCGCAGUUUUGUGGAAUUACUCAUUUUUCAGUUCCUAGAGAAAUGCUCUGGAGACCAGACCUCUUUAUCUAUGAGAUGAUACAGAAGGAUGACUCCCCUCAAAAUCCGUACAUGUACGUGUCCUAUGAUGGGACAAUCAUUUCUGAAGAGGACAUGAAGGUGGUCAGCACCUGUAAGAUGGAUGUCCACAAGUUCCCCUUCGACACACAGAGAUGUAACAUCACUAUUGGAUCUGCAAUACACUAUGUUAAUGAGAUCCGUCUCCUUCCUUCCUCCAACUCGUCUCGAGCCACGCAGUUUUCCCGAGAGGUGAUGAAAAGUCAGGGAGAGUGGGAAUUCCUCCAACUGUCCAUCGCCAGCUACAAUUUCACCUUCGACGAUAGACAGUGGGAAAACCUCAUAUACACUUUCACCAUGAAGAGGAGGCCCCUCCUCCAUGUCAUCAACUUCCUGUUGCCUAUCCUCUUCUUCCUGAGUCUGGACCUCGCCUCCUACUUCAUCGCAGACCAUCGAGGAGAGAAGCUGGGCUUCAAAGUCACUGUGCUGCUGGCCAUCUCUGUCCUGCUGCUCAUCCUGAAUGACAUCCUGCCCUCCAUGUCCAACAAGACUCCACUCAUAGCAACCUACUGCAUUGUGAUUUUUGCUCUGAUGCUGCUCAGCUUGCUGGAGACGAUCUUGGUUACGUAUCUUAUGGAGAAAGACUCUGUGUCCCGGGAAGAGCUCAGGCUGAGGGACAAACAGGAGAAAGUGAAAAUCGAUAACUGUAAUGCAGCGUCUGACGGUGAGAAACAGCAUGAACUGCUGCCGGUGGCUGAAGAGGUUAACAACAGCAUUCAGCCACGAGAGUCUCAUGUGUUACUGCUGAUCCUGGAGGAGCUCAAGGAGCUGCAGAAAACUCUGAAUCUGCACCUCCGCUGCAGACAGGAAGUAGGAAAAUCCGGCCACUGGGCCGCAAAAAUUAACAGAGCUUUCUUCAUUUUCUACAUCACCACCGUGUCACUGUUUCUAAUCCUCAUCUUUAUUGAAUGGAACACUUAGAAAUGUUGAAUAAUACCUCGGUUUCUGUAUUAUACCUUUAUGUCAACAUGUGAUGGAAAAAGUUUACUGUAGAAUCUACAAGUGUCGUGUUGUGCUAUAAAAGCAAACGUUCUGUAUUUACAGCAACUUGGUGUGGUCUAUUUUAAGAAGUAAAGAUGAGAUAACUUUUCCACAGUUGAAGGUGAAGUUACACAAUCCUGUAAAUGUGUGCUGCUGAAAUGUAUACUGUCGAUAAAAGCUUUGUUCGUUUUUGAAAUUAAGGAAACAUUACUGCAGAAGACAGUUUAAUGCAGUGACUUUUGAUAUGAUUGUAUAAAAAUGUGUGGUGAAUAAUCCUUGUUCGUUCACAGCCACAUAUACCAGAAUAAAGUAAAAGCUAAAUGUUUGAAUUUCAAAAAAGAGAAGAGAAAACCAAUGGCAAAAUGUGGAUUUGACCUGAAAAUGUUUUAUGAUAAAUAAACGCACUUACCAUCCACUGGAGAGAAGAAAAAAAGUCUUCAUUGUCCACUGAUACAUCCAUAGCUGCAAUGACUUUUAUGCCCACAAAAGGUUGAUCUAAUUGUAUAAAUGAAGGUGCAGCUGUGUCUGGUGAUGUACCUCGAUGUGGUCACGACCACCUCCCAAAAUCUUGUGUGCAAAACGAAUAGAGACAAAUCCAAUCUAAUUUAAUCCAAUCAGGACAAUUGAUUGUAAGAUAUUAAAGAGGAAACUUCACUGCCUCGAAUUCAAAUCCUUCCCUGACCUCGCUGAUGUCAUAUUUUUUACUCUGUAAUACUUAUUUAUAUUAUAAUACACAUUAUCUCUCCGCUCAGAGAAACAGAUGUAUCCCUCCUGUCCUGUUUCUGUCUACUUUGAGUGUACAGCUCAUCUGUCAUUUAGACUUUAAACCAAUUUUGUCCAUCCCCACCAGCCUGAUAUAGCCUCUAUGUUACUGCAUAUACUCAUCAUCAGAAAGGAGGAUCUGGUGUUAUUACAUCGCUUAGAAACGAGCAGACAAAGACACGUGUAUUCUCAUCACUCAGGCUGCCCAUAAAAAGUCCCCUCAGGACUUUUACAUGUUUUAUUGUUUCACCACAUCGAAUCACAGUGGAUGUUAUUUUUCUAGGCCAUACUAGCGGGCAAUGUUGGUCUGUCCGUCCACCACUUUGGUGAAAUAUCUCAACAUCUACUGGAUGGAUUGCUAGACAGACAUUCAUGUUCCCCAGAGGAUUAAUCCUAAUAACUUCGAUGAUCUUCUAGCAUCACCAGCAGGUAAAAGUUUUCACUUAUCCUGUCAGAUAGCUCAACAUCUUCUUGAUGGUUUGGUAUAAGAUUUCAUACAGAUGUUCGUGGUUCCCAGAUGAUGUGUUCUGAUGACUGUUUUGAUCUCCCGACUUUUCUAUUUGUGGUUUUGAGCCUCAACAACUAUUGGAUGGCUUACCGUGGAAUGUAGUAAUUUUAACAUUCUAUAAUCACCAAGCUUAUAAUUUGGCGGUUGAAUGUUUAUGUGCCACUUACGGUGAGUGAAAGCUAAAUAUUACGCUUUGUAGAAAAAUUGCAAAUACAUUCAGAAGUAUAACUCAAUUAACAGUCAGUUUCUGAG